GCUGCGACCUUCCAGCGACCUACGGACGACAUUUGACCACAAAGAACCUUCAGCGUCAUACCGAAGAUUACCGAUUCCGUUCGCACUAAAAACCAAACGAGCAGGGCCGCACAACCGAGCAAGCAUAACAAGUGACAGAAUGCCCAGUGCCAAGUGGGAAAUCGCGCGCAUCGGAGUCUACAUCUCCAUCCCUAUUGUCGCUACGUGCAUCUACGCCCAGCCAGACUGCAUCAACUACAUUAUCAACCGGUGGAAAUACAUCCAGUACCCGCCACAGGCUGUGUCUCGCGAGGAGUACUACAAGAAGAUGCGGGAGGUGGCCAACGAGGACAAGUGAGGGAUUGUGUUGGCUUGGGCCUUUUCCUGGAAAUUCAUUGCAGUCUGUGACACUAGCUGGAAGGAAGAUCAUUUCACUAAUAUAAAAGGCAAAGAAAACCAAA